CUAGGACCUAGAACCUUCUAUUCCUCUCCAGAUCAACUGCAUCCCGGUGUACCCGUCUCUCUUCCACUUCAUUUCUCCCAAUUUAAAAGAUAGAUCGAUCCAGUUGAUCUUUUAGCAUAGAGCAAUUACUACUCAGAUGGCAAAGCGAUUGAUUCCAACGCUUAAUCGCGUUCUUGUGGAGAAGAUCGUUCCUCCUUCCAAAACAAACGCCGGUAUCCUCCUACCCGAGUCGUCCACCAAGCUGAAUUCGGGCAAGGUGAUAUCUGUUGGUCCUGGAUUGAGGAGCAAUGAAGGGAAAACUAUCCCGCCAUCUGUAAAAGAAGGGGACACUGUGCUUUUGCCGGAAUAUGGGGGUACCCAAGUCAAGCUUGCUGACAAAGAGUUUUACUUAUACAGGGAUGAAGACAUCUUGGGCACUCUACACGAGUAAUUGAUUGUUUGGUUUCUGUAUUGGAAGCUUAAUUUAGGCCUUGGAUCUCAUUGAUGUAACUUGUAAACAUUGAAGCUUCUUAAUUGAGAUGAGUUAAUCUAGUUUGGAAUA